AUGCCUAUUGGAAACAUUUACGUGAUCGCUGCCACUGCGGUAGUUGGCGGUGCACUCUUUGGCUUCGAUAUCUCUUCUAUUUCUGCCCAGUUGGGUGAAAACUCUUAUAAAUGUUACUUCAACCAAGGACCCAAGGGUCCUCCAUUCGACGAUGAUCUGGACUGUAGUGGUCCGACGUCGCUGAAUCAGGGUGGUAUAACGGCCAGUAUGGCUGCUGGUUCGUGGCUUGGAGCUUUAUGCUCUGGCUUUACCAGUGAUCGGUUGGGCAGAAAGUACUCUAUCAUGCUUGGUUGUGUUAUCUGGAUGAUCGGCUCUAUCAUUUCCUGCGCAUCGCAGAACAUCGGCAUGCUCGUCGUCGGCCGUGUCGUCAACGGUUUCGCCGUCGGUAUUGAAUCAGCUCAAGUCCCCGUCUACAUCGCCGAAAUCUCUCCCCCAUCCAAGCGCGGUCGCUUCAUCGGUAUGCAGCAAUGGGCCAUCACCUGGGGCAUCUUGAUUAUGUACUACAUCUCCUAUGGUAGCGCCAACAUCGGUGGACGUACCUCAGCCGAUUACUCCACUGCUGCAUUCCGCGUUCCUUGGGGUCUGCAGAUGAUUCCUGGCAUCUUCCUCUUUUUCAUGAUGAUGCUUCUUCCUGAGUCGCCAAGAUGGCUCGCGAGAAAGGAUCGCUGGGAUGAGUGUCAUGCUGUACUUACGCUCGUGCAUGGACAUGGAGACCCGGAUCAUCCCUUUGUGGCUCUUGAGUUGCAGGAUAUCAAGGAUAUGUGUGCUUUCGAGGCUUCGAUUGCGGAUGUCACGUAUCUCGACCUUUUCAAGCCUAGAAUGCUGAACCGAACUAUCAUCGGAGUGUUCACUCAGAUUUGGUCACAGCUUACUGGAAUGAACGUUAUGAUGUACUACAUUUCCUACGUCUUCUCCAUGGCGGGCUACUCUGGAAAUGCCAACCUUCUGGCCUCCUCUAUCCAGUACAUCAUCAACGUCCUCAUGACUAUUCCUGCUCUUCUCUGGAUGGACAAAUGGGGACGUCGUCCAACCUUCCUCAUCGGCGCCGCUCUCAUGUGCACAUGGAUGUUCGCCAACGCAGGUAUCUUAGCCGCUCACGGAACCGAAAUCCCUAAGGACGAGCGCGAGUCACCUCAAGUCUCCAUGAGCGUCGGCGGAGGUCCAGCAAAGGGUCUGAUCGCAUGCACAUACCUCUUCGUCGCCUCCUUCGCACCAACCUGGGGUCCCGCCUCAUGGACUUAUCCUCCCGAGCUCUUCCCUCUCCGUCUUCGAGGAAAGGGUGUUGCUUUUGCUACCUCAUCCAACUGGGCUUUCAACACCGCUCUCGGUCUUUUCACACCUGUCGCUUUUGAGAACAUUACUUGGAAGAGUUACAUCAUCUUCGGUGUUUUCAAUGUCGCCAUGUUUAUCCAUGUCUUCUUCAUGUUCCCCGAGACAGCUGGAAAGACUCUCGAGGAGACAACUCAUAUCUUUGAAGAUCCCAAUGGUAUCAAGUACAUUGGUACUCCUGCUUGGAAGACACGCGUCGCUACUCAUGCUACGAACAAGGCUGAGAAGGGUGAUGUUGAGGCUAAGCUCAGCCAUGCUACUCACGAGGAGCGUACUGAGCACUCACCUUCGCCGGCUGAGAAGUAA